AUAAUUCCGGCAAGACCGCUCGAGCUCGCUCUCUCGCUCGCGAACUCCCCCCCUCUCUCUCUCUCUCUCCAUCUUCUCUCUUUCUCUCUAUCUCUCUCUCCCCUCAUCUGCUUCUCUUCCUCUCUCUCUCUGCAUCCUUUCCUCCUGCGAAAGGGAAGCCAUGAACACGAGGUAGAGAGUUGCGAAAGCUCGGAAGAAGGAGAGGAGACUUCGCCUUUCUAUUUUCGUGUUCUUUCUACGGGAGGACGCAAUGCCUGCCCAAAAGCGUUCUUCGGAGAAUCUGGAGGAGGAAACCCAACAGCGGCAUCACUAUCAACAGCAGAACCACCACCAUAACCAGCCACAGAAGGAAGAACCGGUGGACGAAGAUGAGGAUGGAGGAGAGGAUUCCGAUGGAAGUCCUUCAUCUAGUGGCGGGGACAAAGACGAAUAUGUUUUAGUGAAAUUGUCAGACAUACGCAAAGAAGUACAAUGUCCGAUAUGCCUAGGAAUAAUUCGGAAGACAAGAACCGUAAUGGAAUGCCUGCAUCGGUUUUGCAGAGAAUGCAUUGAUAAAUCAAUGCGACUGGGGAACAAUGAGUGUCCUGCUUGCCGCACGCAUUGUGCUAGUCGUCGUUCUCUGAGGGAUGACCCAAAUUAUGAUGCUCUAAUUGCAGCUUUAUAUCCAGAUAUUGAUAAGUAUGAAGAGGAGGAACUGGCUUUUCACGAAGAGGAGAAGAAUCGCAAUAAGCAGAUCCAAGCAUCUAUUGCCCAAACUUUUCGAAGGCAAUCAGAAGCACUUGGCAGGAGACGCACCACAGCUAAAGCCACUGCAGUUGCAUUUGCAAGGAGAUCUCAGGGGAACUAUAGAAAUUUAAGAGGGAGAAGAAGCUCCCGUGGCCCUGAAAUUCAAGGAUCUGAUGAUGAUGAUGAUGCAAAUGGUGAUGGAGGAAAAGAUUCAUCUUCUUCUGAUGAGCGGUUAAAGCCAAAAAGGUGCAGGAGAUGGGGAGGACCUCGGUUCUCUCAGCCUUCUUCAGCAGCUGCCAAUGCAGAUGGAGUUGAUGAAAAUGAUGAUUUAGAAGUGAGCAGAGAAAGCACAGGUGCAUCUCCUGGCCGUGUUGGGAAUCCUGAAGUGCUAGCUUGGGGUAAGGGUGGUGUACGAAGCCACACGAGAUAUGGCAGUAUAAGUGGUAGCAAUGGUAAGAAUGCCAGAAGCCGCCUAUCUAGAUUGGUAGAUUACCUGCGAAAUUUGGAUGAAAAUGGAGAUGAGUUGGAUGUACAUCUCAUGCUUUUUCCUUUAGACAAACAAAGUACACCAAUUUUGCAGCGUCCUUACCUUUGCUGCAGGCCAACACUGUCAGUUAGACACCUAUGCCAAUAUGUUGCUCUCCAGACUCCAAUGCAUGCAGAGGAAGUUGAAAUACUGGUGGUAAAAGAACCCUGCUAUAAAACUGCCGAUGAAUGUGGGUCCAUGCUCGAACCUUCGACUUCGAAGGAUCAUUCAAUUCCCAAGUUCCUGGUUGAUCCUUGCAAAGAUGAACUGCAAAUAUUGGAAGAACAGGAAACUCUGGCAGGGAUUCAGGCUAACUGUACCACUAGUCAGGGCCAUCUGGUUCUGGUGUAUCGGCAGAAGGUGUCAAGUUAGAUAGGUUUCAUGCUGAGCUUUCCAUCUUUUUGCAUGGAGUUGAGGCCAUCACAUUCUGUGUUUUGGAAGGUAGGUGUAUAUAAAUACUCAUACCCAGAGAUCUGGAGCAAUCUGGUUCUCAACGAGGAUUGUUCUCAUACUUGAAAAUUGUUUUGUGGAGUUAUUGAGAGUGAAGAGCGGUUUGAGUGGGUCUGGAAGAAUACAAAGAGUAACAGUUUAGCUAGCGGAAAGGCAUUUCCUCCAUUUCCAUGUUAUACUCUUGGCUUCCUCUCUGUUAAUGAUUCCUCUAGUGCUUUUUAAGUUAACUUUUGUACCCAUCUUUGUUUUCUCUUCCGUGGCCACUUUUAGUAACAGUAGAAAUAUUGGUAAAGAUGAAUACGUUCUGAUUGUUUGUUUGGC